CUUCGUUGGCGCAAAUCAUCGACUUUUUCCAUUAGUAACUUCGACUCUCUCUCAACCUACCACCUUUGACCCCCAUUAUCCUAAGGUCAUCGUACUUACUCUUCGUCGAAAUCUUCACAAUCACACCUCGGAAGCCCGAACGAUAACGCGAAGAUGCCGAAAGCGGAAGUUGGGUCGACGAAGUAUGUGAGCAACAAGCUCAAAUCGAAGGGACUGCAGCGACUUCGUUGGUACUGCCAAAUAUGCGAAAAGCAAUGUCGCGAUGCCAACGCAUUUAAGAUGCACACGCAGAGCGAAUCCCAUACGAGGAAGAUGUUACUGGUGGGCGAGGACCCGAAAAAGUACAUCGAACAAUUCAGCACCGAGUUUCGCAAGGACUUCUUACAGCUGCUGCGAACGUCGCAUGGGGAGAAGGGGGUGCUUAUCAACCACUUCUACCAGAACUACAUUGCUAAUAAGGAACACAUCCACAUGAACGCGACCAAAUGGCAUUCGCUUACGGAUUUCGCGAAGCACCUGGGAAGAGAAGGUAUCUGCAAGGUCGAAGAAACAGACAAGGGCAUCCAAAUCGCCUGGAUCGACGACUCUCCCGAAGCCCUGCGACGGAAAGAGGCAGUGCGAAGGAAGGAGAUGCAGGAUAAGGGAGACGAGGAGCGCGAACAGAUGAUGAUCAGGGAGCAGAUCCGCCGCGCAAAUAAGGCCGCAGGAAAAUCAACCGAAGACAACGAAGACGACAAAGCGGAAGAGGCUGGAGGACUCAAAAGACAAGAGGGGGAAAAGAUCAAGUUAUCCUUCGGCGCGAAGCCGGCUACCACUCAAUCUACGUCUAGCAGCGCCGAACCAGAGAAGUCCACAUCAACUCCCGAGGCAUCAGGUCCACCCAAAGACGAAAACAAGAACGAAUCAACAGACUCUGCAGCCCAGCAGCAGCCUCAGCCCCAAACAGCCACGGCCGAGAAACCGACGGCGCCGGCGCCCGUAUCGCUGAAAAUGACGGCGAAGCCUCAAGCGAAGAACGUGUUCGCGGCCGCGAAGAAGAACGCGCUGACGGCGGGCUCCGCGAAGAAGGCCCCCGCUUUCGAGCUGCCGAAGAAGAUGAGCGAGGCGGAGCGCAUCAUGCGCGAGGAGAUCGAGCGUAAGAAUAAGAGGGCGCGCGAGGGCGGCGAGGGGAGGGGCGCGUUUGGGAAUAAGCGGCAGAGGGCUUAGGAGGUUGGUGGUAGCUAUGGGGAACGGAAAGGAGAGCGGGUUACGAGUCGUUGACUACUGUCCGUUGAUCAUAUUGAAAGGGCGUUAGGGGGGGCAUUUUUGAAUUGGACAGGUGUCGUAAGGUACGCCGGCAUUGAGCAUGGCGUUUGGGAUACAGGACGCGCAUAGUUGCGCUCGUAAUUGUUUCAAGCUAUG